GGAAAGUUGCCUGCCGGGACAUGCCAGAACUACACCCGCUUCACCACUAUCGUAUAUAUCGAGUUGUGGAGCUCUUACAUGGGAAUAGGGAUGGUGCGUUUCUCUCCAGUGGUUAUGAUGGUAGCUGCGCAGAGAGUGCAUGGCCGCUGUUGGUUGGGCAAUUCGUCACAAAGCGGGUUGCCGAGGCGACAUAUCCUCAAAACGGACUAUCUCAGUCUCCGGCAGCUAUUUGCUUCUGUGACAGUACUGGUGCGGUCCCCUGCGAACUGGUGUCCUUUGAUAUGUCCUGGCUCGGACGUGAUUGUUGUUUAAAAGGCUGGAACGUCGUUCCGAUAUUUUCAGCGCCCAAAACGGUGAAUGAACGUCCAGACAGGGAUGAGCUAGUUCCUCUCAGUAAUGCAGUGGAUUGCACAUACUCGUCUUCUUAUUUGGAGGUUACGACAAAGCCGUACUUGCUUCCUGCGAAUCACUUUUUGACAACGUGCUGGUCAUAUUCAUUUACAAGCAUCGAAUGUGAUAUUUUAGCCGAAGCUUCAAAUGCAGAAGGGAUUUUCGUCAGUGAAAAUCCAUCAAGGUCGGUCGAUGAGAAUGGAGGAAGAGAGAAGACUGGUCACAAGCCAGAUGUUCAGGACGCUGCGGAGCCAGAUUACAAUCGAACUAAAUCCAACAUCGUGUCUGUCGAGGGGGUGGUUCGCGCUCGCAGCGUAUUGAAUAUUGGAGAUCGUCAAACAUCCUUUUUUGUGGAACUGACCUGUGAUAGACUACUGAAUGCUAUGGGAAAACAGCUGACACUAUUGGAGACUGGAGAGGAAACACAAAUCCCAGCUGAUCUGCAAGCGAUCGUUACUGUUUUCGUACUUUACAGAGAGCCCAAGGAAUCUUUGAAGGACAUAUUACCCUAUUACGAGAGCACUCGGAUUGGCUGUCGGUAUCUGCUGGUCGGAUUACAAGCGGCGGCCGUCAAGUUCGAUCAGGCAAACGGAACAUCUCGGAAAAAGAAGAUCCUUUUGUUUUCGUUAUCCAGCUCGAAGAUGAUAUUUCUGGACUCAUUUACCUCUUCUCGACCCACAUCCCCGCAAAAGUACCCAUUUCGUCCCUUCCCUCUAUCUCCAUCUUCAGUUCCACGUGCCAGCGUGCAACCAGCCUGUUCAGAGUUUUCUCCCAGCAUAUGUCAGACAUACCUUCUCUCGUACGUGGGCCACAUCGCAAGGAUUCUUGAUGUAGGUGCCGGGAUAUAUGAGCUCGACGGGAAGAAUCUGCUCUACACUACCUUCUACUAUCUACCUGGUUCGGGAAGAGGUUUUCGGGUCGGAGCGCAGAUUGAACUUCACAACGUACACAUGGUUGUCGGUAAUGUCCAUCUGCCGCGCUUGCCGUACGACUCAGAUACGGGUCAACCAAAGCAAGCGAUCUUUCUUGCCUGUCCGUGCUCGACGCUGACCAUCCGUGCUUUCUCUACGAGCAAUAUCCCAUGCUUCGUGUGUCCCAUUAAACAGCGUACAGAUAUUUUGGAGAAAUUGCGAGGCUUCAAUGUCCCUGACAUGCUUCUUUUUAAGAAAUUACAGAAGCACUUGCGGAGUUUAACUUUCGCGGGAGCUAUAGACAGUCUCGAGGGGAUAGUAGGUGACUUGCAGUGGAGCAGGGCCCAAGUGAUCAAUCUGCUGAUGCAAUUCGGAUAUACCCCAUUUGAACCCAGUCUUCAAAAUAUUCUGCUGAAUCAUGGCGACAACUGUAGGCUGGCGAACUGGCGAUAUCCGAUUCCGGACGUCGUAUCCAUUGCGCAUCUCCGCGAGGCUCCAGAGGUGGUAGAAUUUGUUGCGAAGACAUCUUAUCAAAGAACUAUGGGAUGGGGCUAUAGACGAUUUGAUCAAGUUGAGCUGAAGAUGGAACGUUCUUGGCUGAUUGGUUGGUUAGUCGGAGAUGACACCGGGAACCUUCAGCUUCGCGAUCGGUCCGGGAAGAUACUAGUGGUGGUGGACUCGGGUAACCGUAUCAUCGAUGUGGACGAUCUGGGACAACUUUGGGCCAUCAAAAACUUCCAUCUAGUCGUGGAAACCUUCGGCCCUUCCACGCCAGUCAAGGUCUACUUGAACAUUUGUCUCUCCACCGCUCACUGUAUUGGACAGCCAAGUUCUCAUGGUGCGACUUCACCCCGUGAAACGUUCGCGCCGACGGAUAUGCUCUUUGUCUGGCAUCAUUCUCCCCUGCCCACAGCUCACAUAAGUACUGACGGAGGCGUGGUACCUACGGUGGUAAUCCAGGGAGCUUCGUUUCAGGUGGCCAUGGAUCGACUGAAAUGCUGCCGCACAACCUAUGUCGAAUUUUCUAAUUGUGGGUCAGUGAUUACCAAGGCACUCAGCCCCGAUCAAGUGUAUCUCAUUCGUGACGCUGAAAAUGUUGAUCAGGACCAAGAAAAUGUGGGCGCCACUUUCAAUACUCCGCUAUACCUUCGAUUUGCGAAAGGAACACGUCUAAAGAAGGCAGUUGUAGGAAACGCAACCACCUGUCAUGCAGACACAGCUAGUGAUGGUGUUCAUCCGUCAUUUUCGCUCCCUGAUAGUGAUAUCGAGCAACUAAACAGGGCACGAUACAGUGAGACAUAUAGAAGCGUGGGUGCGUUAGUGAGCCGUCACCUAGAUAUGCACGGCGAUCCAGAUGACCUUUGUGACUAUUUGGUCUGCAUGGAAGGCAUCAUUCAGCUGAAAGAGCUUCGGGAAGCUGCUCCAGAUGAGGUCAUAAAUUUGCGGCUCGCACUGGAACUUUUUGAGAAACACACGAUCGGGACAGCAAGGCAUGACCGGAUCCUUUUUCUUCGUGUACAGGAUCCCGAGACAUUUGACACCAUUGAUGUGUAUCUGGAUCUUCGCCGACACACCUUCCCACUCGGUCUGCUCCCAGGUAGUUUCGUGCGAUUUCGAAAACUAGCGAUCCGGCUAUCCAACAAUGGAUCAAUAUAUGGCCAAUCUAUUGCCGAAACAUCCAUUUCAAUCUCGAACCAAUCUAAAGUUGCUCACGCCCUGCCGGAAUCCUCCCACCCGAAAGUCUUGUUCAAGCUGGCUGCAUUUUGGGGUGGGGUCACUGCACAUCGCGCAUAUAUGCACGUGAAAUGCACGAUAACUUGUAUUUUGGAAGUAUCUCUUUGGUAUGCAUGCCUUUUAUGCCGAUCAAAGAUUGUCAGCCAAUCCUGUCCUAAUGAGUGUGCGCAAAUGCAUCAUUCUCUACAUGGGAAAGCACGUAUUUUUGUUGAGGAUGGAACGAGUGAAGCGUUGUUGUUGGUUGACGAUGUUGAUACGGUGCUUGCGCUCUUGCAAGCCAAGUCAGGUAAAUUGCGAGGGCAACUGGAGACUGUGAUACGCCGAACUGGUGAAGAGACAUUUGUUGCGAACCCUCCAUGGCUGGCCGAGGCGGGGGCUGAAGAGCCGAAUCAUGUCAUGAAGGAUAGGACGAAUGGCAUCCAAUCCCACCAGGGAUCUUUGGGUCCGUCAGAUGAUUCUGUCGACGACCUUUUUAGGUCAUGUUGCAAACGCCCGGAACUGCUCCGUGCAGUCAUAUUGCGCUGCAAGCGUGUAUCGAAGCGGGGGGGUGCAACAAAAUCUUUCAAUGAGCAGAACGAUUUGAGACGGAGGACGUUCAAAAGCAGCGACGGUGUACAUUUACCGACAGUUGCACAAGCUCGACUGAUCAUCCAGGCUACAGAUUUAGAAGAGGUGGAUGCGAAAGCAGAGGCGGCACGGCUGCUGGCAUUGUUGACUUGUGGAUAGCACGACAGUGCAGGCGGCGCUAGAAUUCGGUUUCUAAGAUUGCAGAGAAUGCUGGAUUGGACCUUUGUAUAUAAUAAUAAUGAUAAUAGAACCAUAAUGAUUAUUUUUUGUUCAUAACAAUUAAUACAGGG